GUGCAACGCACAUAUCACACACACCCCUGGCUACGCCUAUGAUAGGAUACACCGCAACUUACAGUUGUGAAAUAGAUUUUAUUGUGUUAUGUGUAGUACUAAGCAGCCAAGUAGUUUUUACAAUCAUUUACAUUGCAUUACAGAUAAUUCAUCAAGAGCAGAUCGAGCACGAUGAGAUGAAUAUUUACGUAUUGAUGGGCUUGAAAGGGGGUGUGCGACAAACAUCAACUCCAAGUAGAAGUGAUAUUUACACGCAACUUGAUAGCACCCAUGAAAGCUUCGCUUGCAAUUGCAAUGGUGCAUGCAAUUGCCAUAUGUUUACGGGGAAUCUUUCACCUAUAACAAAUCAGCACAAAGACGACGCUAAAACACGUGCAAGUUCAAGUACACCAUUAAGAGACUCUUUCGUAUAUGAGAAGUCGCCCAAUUUUCAGAGCUCUUCUACAAUUCGGGAUUCAGUCUACUUCGAGCCCUCAUCUCCAAUUGAUUCCGUUUUCCAAGAGAAGAAUACCUCCCGGGAUCUGAUUAAUUUUGAACAUUCAUCCCCGAUCGAUUCAAACAAUGGUAUCAGUCUUUCUAAAGAUCAACAUCCACUAUAUGGUUCCGAGGUCGAAAAACGCCGUAAAUAUAUUGACAAUGUUACCCUAAAACGAUCAUUACGAGAGUCAACACAAUUUGAAUUUUCAUCGCCUUUGGAGGAAGAUAAGACACUGGUAUCUAAUGGCUGUGAAACAAAUGUAUUUUCAUUUGAAAGUGAAAGUGAUUCCAGUGUGCGCAGUUGUCAAAGGGUCGAUAAAUCUAAAUUGAACAAACGACAAUUUAAAAGAAAAGUGUCAAAGUCCUUAUUCCAGCCAAGACAAUCUAAUGAUAACAACACCGUUGUUCCACCGUACUUUGUGAGGCUCGAAGAAAGCUCGUCUUCUGAAUCAGAUUCGUCUGAAUCAAGCGUGAAUUCCCUUGAGCAUGUGGGGUCGGAUUUGGAAGUUGUUCAACCAAAACUUGAUAGGUCGGAUGACAAAACAAUUGAAGAGGCUGUCGAAAUAGGUAUGUUGUUUAUUUACACUAUGAGCACACCAUAUACCAUGGCAAAGUCAUAUUUUAUUCACGGGGCCCCCAAA